AUGCCACCAAAGAAGGUUGUGAAAGCCCCUGCCAAGGGCAAAAAGGUCUCCGCUCACCUUGCCGCCGCCGCCGCCGCCAACAGCAGCAGCACCACCUCCACUACCUCCACCUCCACCACCGCCACCACAGUCGUCGCCACUUGCGAGCCCCGUAACAUAUCCAAUCGCACGUUACAGUGCGAAGCCAAAGGCAUUCCGUGGUUUAUCGGAACCAUGCGGGAAAAUUUCAACCAGGCCCUCUGCCGUACACAGAAGGCCCUCGAGAAAACCCAUGAGUGGCGGGACGCCAACCCUGCUGUCAAAAAGACCAUGCUCCAGGCUGCGCGCUCCCAAAAGGAGCAACAAGAGAGGGACCUAGGCUAUGAUUGGCGAGUUGCGGCAAGAAAUAUGGGCUUUCGGGCCAAGGGCAAUAACUUUCUUUGGAAAGAGGGCUGUCCGAUUUACGGCACCGCAGGAGCCUCGGAUCCCACCGAGGAGGAGGAGGAGGAGGAGGAGGAGGAAUUGCCUUUCUCUCUCCCAGACAACGAGCCGACAAUCAAGAAACGCCGCCGAGACGACGAAGACGACGACGAAGACGACCCCAACGGGGAUUAUACCAAACGCGCGUUUAAGCUGCCGCCGUCUUCUCCGGCGCUCUGCGGUCUUCGAAGUUUAGAUCUCUGGUGCCGCCCUGCUCCACUCUGUUUUCCUUGGGUUAGUUUGAUACCCUCAAUCCACCUCAAUCCGUUUCUCAAGCCGUCGUUAGACUUUGCGCCACUCCGUGGCCGCCUGGCUCUUCCUAAAGCUGCCGGAGGGCGCAAUAUCUGGACUUGUUUGGUGGAAUAUCGCGAGCUGCAGGCUCAAAUCAAAUUAUUCCUCCGCUCUUCCAUCAUAUUCACACGUGCCAAGACUUCUUGA